AAAGCCAUUUACCAACCUCGUUAAUUUUACAGGUAAUGUUAUAACUUAUAAGCCAUUAAAUAAUUAUACCAAAUCAGUAUGGCAACAUAACAGGAAAAUAAGGCAAGAAAGUGAAAAGGAACUCAGUCGCCGCGCGGCUGUUACUUCCGAUUUCCCAAGCCUAGCGCGCGGACGCAUCGCUUUAAAAAAAAUAAAAAGGUCUUUUAUAGUCCGCACUCCGGACGGCCGACCGCGCGAAAACCAACAAACUCGCCCUCAUAAAAAACCUAAAAUGGAACGUUGAACAGUGAUGUGUUGUGCAAACCGAACCAAUGGAUACGAAUAUAAAAAUAAAAAUUUCAAAAUUAGAAGAAGAAACAGUGCAAUGGGGUUCAAGGUGUUUUUGUUGUUCGCGAUUUUGGGUGUUGUGUGUGCGGAGAUAGAGAAUGAUGUGUUGACGCUGCAAGACGAUUUGGACCUUAAGGACGAGGAGAUAAAGUCGGAAAGGAGACGGCCGGCGAAUGAGCAGGAAAAGGAUAUUUUAUUGUUGGAUGCUUUGGGACGGAGAAAAGGGUCGUACCAUAGUUCGUAUGGCGCGUCGCAAGAGGAUGAUUCCAUUAUGGAUUUGUUGGGUAAAAUGAUCCCCCAAACAUGCCGCUACCGAGGCUCGCGGUACCCCUGUGGCCUCAGCAUCUCCUGCGUCCUGGGGGGCGGAAAACCCAUGGACCUCUGCUCUGGGGGCAUGAUAUGGGCCUGCUGCGUGGACAGAGAGACCACUGAACGGCCUGCGGAGGUCGCUCCUACCAUUCAUAAUGCUAGUGACCUAAUCGAACUCAUCGGAACAUUCCCCCACGAAAUCGACUACCAAAACACAAAUCAGUUCGAGGACCCCGUCAUCGUGUACACAGACCACCACAAACCCCACAGACCCGACAAAUGGGACACCCAAAAACCCUGGGAGACCCAGAAACCCGACAAAUGGGACCAAAAACCCUGGGACACAGAAAAACCGUGGGACACAGACCAAAACCACUAUUUUCACGUGAAGCCUUCGUAUCACGAGAGUACGACGAAGCCGUAUUUUGGUGAUGAUGAUUAUGUGCCCGUAGUGACGAAUGAACACACGAGACCUAGUUAUCCGGGUUGCGGCGAGCACUUCACACGCUCCAACCGGAUCGUCGGCGGGCACUCGACGGGUUUCGGUUCGCACCCGUGGCAAGCGGCCCUCAUCAAGUCGGGUUUCCUUAGCAAGAAGCUGGCGUGUGGAGGCGCCCUUAUUUCGGACCGAUGGGUCAUCACUGCGGCGCACUGUGUUGCUACCACACCGAACUCCCAGCUCCGCGUCCGUCUCGGCGAGUGGGACGUCCGGGAUUCCGGAGAACGGUAUUCUCAUGAGGAGUACGCUGUACAGAGGAAGGAGGUGCACCCGUCGUACGAGCCUGCCGACUUCAGGAACGACGUGGCGCUGGUCCAGUUGGACAGGGGCGUCGUGUUCAAGCAACAUAUAUUACCGGUGUGUCUACCUCAGAAGCAGAUAAAAUUAGCCGGCAAGAUGGCGACGGUGGCUGGCUGGGGCCGAACGAGGCAUGGGCAGAGCACAGUACCUUCAGUACUACAGGAAGUGGACGUAGAAGUGAUCCCGAACGAGCGUUGCCAGCGCUGGUUCCGCGCCGCCGGCCGCCGAGAGACCAUCCACGAUGUGUUCCUUUGCGCAGGAUAUAAAGAGGGCGGCCGCGACUCCUGUCAAGGCGACUCCGGCGGCCCACUCACCAUGAAGAUGGACGGGCGGAGCACCCUCAUCGGCCUCGUGUCGUGGGGUAUCGGCUGCGGCCGCGAGCACCUGCCAGGUGUAUACACUAACAUACAGAAGUUCGUGCCGUGGAUCGACAAGCUUAUAACACCUUAAGAGGUCA